UAUCGUACACACAUAGAAUGAAAUUAACCACUGAAAAUGGGCAAAUCCUAUUUUCCAUUCUUGUCGUUAAGAGAUUAUUUCCGCUAUUUUCCGCCGCUACGUGGCGCCAAUAGUUCAGUGUCCACAAAGCGAUUCAAUUUUUAUUGGAAUAAAUUACUGGGAACUUUUUGAACCUUCGCAAUCGAGUCCUCUUAGUCGGGUACUCAGCUUCUUCAGUGUAUUUCGUUCGAUCUACGAAAUGAACGAAUAAGAAUUUAUAAAUUUUUCAAACAAAAGAUCUGUUAGCAUCAAUCAGCGGUAAGGGAACGUGAGGUUUCCAUACAUUUUAUUCGAGUUAUAUCGCAGAAGUAAUCAUCUCGUGACAUGAAUUCAAGAAUCUCUUCUGUAUACAUUCAAUUGUUUAUUCAAUUCGUUAUCUGUGCUUGAUUCUUAUCGAUAUUUGCGCGCCUUUUAUAUAGCAUAUUUGUCACAAAUUGAUAACGAGAAUUUGAUAACGAGCCGUGGAGCAAAUACCUCUCUGCACGAUGGCAACGAAUAAUCAGAUCGAAAAUACUGUCCACCUGUAUAAAACGUUGGCACGAAAUCCAUCUCUGAGCAGCGCGAGAAUCCUCGACGUUAGCGAGAACGGGAUAACAAUUCUGAGCGGUUGGUCUCAAAGGAAUUUGGAAAGAAGAACAAACCAAAAGUUUUGCCAGACUCACAUUCUGGACUCGAAGUUUCAAGUGCAGUCCGACAGCUUUCCUAUGGAUACUACAGUAGAGUCUUUAUCUGAUUAUACCGAAGAUAAGCAACGCAGAGCCGUAUUGAGACAGGCCCUAAUUGAAAAUACCAAUAAACAAUUUAUUGAGAUCUGGGAUAAACAGAGGCUCGUGAAGAAUUAUGAUUUAAGUGCUUUAGAUGUGCACGGCGAUGUCUACACGGAUUCUGAAUUUGCUUCUUUCCAAUGGUCUCCAGACAAAACAAAAGUAUUAUAUAUCGCUGAGAAAAAGCAACCAAAGUCAGAACCAUUUUAUAAGCAGAAACCUAUAAAUAAAGAAGAUAAAGAUAAAAAGGAAGAAAAUGUAACAGUGGGUAACGAAUAUAUUUACAAGCCUCAUUGGGGAGAACAAUUGGUAGGUAAACACCAUCCAGUUGUUGCUAUCCUUGAUACGACAACAGACACAAUUUCAGCUCUCACGGGUAUACCAGAUGAACUAUCACCUGCUCAAGUACUAUGGGCUGCAGAUAGUGAAAGUAUCAUUGGUGUAGCAUGGAAACAUGAGCCAAGACAUUUAGGUCUAAUUGCCUGUACUAAUAGACUUUCUUGGAUAUUUUUAUUAACAAAAGGACAAUACAACAAGCUCUCAAAAGAUGGAUGUGCGGUGCAUAGCCCAAGACUUAGUCCUGAUAAAAAAUGUUUAAUCUGGUUAGAAAGAGAAGCAGGUGGUGCGCAUCAUAAUGCUCAUAGACUUAUGCAUCUUGAAUUCACUUGUAAAAAUUCUAAGUAUUUUACGCAGGCUGAUAUACUCAUAGACAUUGUACAUUCGAGUAUACCUAUCAAAAAUGCUGAAAAAUUUUAUGGCUUAUAUGGUCGGUUACCACGCCGAUGCUGGAGUAUGAAUUCACAGUAUAUAUUUUUAAGUACAGCUCAACAGAAUAACACACGUUCUUACAUCGUUGACACAAAAACGAAAACUGUAACUGAGAUCCAAAAUGAUAAAAGUAGUCUUACUAUUUUGGACGUAAAAAAUGAUGUUAUUGCAUUUUCGGAAAUGUCUCUUUUGGAACCACCUACGCUUACAGUAGGAAAAUUUGACUCGAAAACAAUCGCUACUGGUCACAUUAAAAAAUAUAGAGUUUCUGUUCCUGAAACGAUCCCUGGUACAGAAAAUUUAAUGUACGAGGGUUCCGAAUAUGAUUACGACAACGACGAAGAAAUUAAACAUUUUAAUUUUAUUUAUUUUGGGCCAAAAAAUGGAAAUGAUAAAUCUGUACCUCUAAUAAUUGCACCACAUGGUGGACCUCAUGUUAACUAUGCAAAUUCGUUUAUAUUGGAUUACUUUUUGUUUGUUUUAUCAGGUUUCGCAAUAGUACAAGUUAACUAUCGUGGCUCCACCGGAAUGGGGUCAAAAAACGUUGAAUAUCUUCAAGGGAAAGUUGGAAACGUUGAUGUGAAGGACUGUGUGACUGCUACAAAUGAAGCUCUACGAAAAUAUCCAUGGUUAAAUCCAGACAAAGUAGGAAUUACGGGUGGAUCUCAUGGAGGAUUUUUAGUUACUCACUUAAGUGCUCAAUAUCCGGGUUUAUAUAAAGCUGUUGUUGCAAGAAACCCUGUAAUCGACAUUGCUGCUAUGUACUCGAUAUCAGACAUUCCAGAUUGUCGCAAUGCUCUGAGUAAGGAAGAAAGAAUUAAGUGUGCUGCUGAAAUCAAUUAUCCCUUUGAUGAAAGUGCACCACUCUCGGAAUCGGAUCGAGUUGAAAUGUUUGUGAAGAUGUUUAAAUGUUCUCCAAUUAUGCACGUUAACAAUGUGAAAGCUCCAACCUUAUUAUGUAUCGGUUCGAACGACUUGCGGGUACCUUCGUCUCAAGGGAAACUGUGGUAUCAACGUCUUAAGGCAAAUAACGUUAAAACAAAAAUGCUACUUUACGAAGAUAAUCAUCCUUUAGCAUCGGGAACUGCUGAAAUUGAUAACGUCAUUAACGCUUGUUUAUGGUUACACGAACAUAUUGGAAUGUAAAUGAAGAUAAUACAACGAAUAAUUUGUAACUUAAUACACGAUCAAUUAACUAACGAGUAUUUUUAACAAUAAUUGAAAAAUAAUCUUGUAUAAAUAUAUUUAUUAAAUACUGUAUUUUUCCAACAUUAAAA